CCUUCCUCCGCAAACAUCAGGUGCAAGUAUUUCCGUACCUGGACAACUGGCUCAUCAAGGCCGUGUCGCAAGCACAGGCUGCAGAGCAUGUGUCACUGGCACGGGCCACCUUCCACCGGCUGGGCCUCAUACUGAAUGUGCCCAAAUCCACCCUAGCCCUGACGCAGAGAAUAGAAUUCAUAGGAGCUCUCGUGGACUCCACACAGGCCAGGACGUUCCUGCCCGAGCUGCGCUUCCAAGCACCUCAUGGACAUUAUCAAAAACCUUCGCUGAUUCCCCACAACCACGGCCAGAAAUUGCAUGAAACUGUUGGGGCAUAUGGCGGCCUGCACAUACGUGGUCCAGCACACCAGGUUACGCCUUUGCCCCCUCCAGGCGUGUUUGGCGAGGACGCUGGCAUCUCAGAAGUGGCUCAGAUCGAACUGGUGAACGGCCCGAGUCGCUGCGCUGGGAGGGUCGAGGUGCUUCACAACCAGCUCUGGGGAACCGUGUGUGAUGACAGCUGGGACUUACAGGAUGCCAGAGUCGUGUGCAGACAGCUGGGCUGUGGGACGGCGUUAUCAGCCCCAGGAGGGGCUCGAUUUGGGCGAGGAUCUGACCGUAUCUGGCUGGCUGACGUCAACUGCAGAGGGACAGAAGUUGCCCUCUCCGAUUGCAGGGCUUGGCCUUGGGGAGAGAAUAACUGUAACCACGGAGAAGAUGCCGGUGUUGUGUGCUCAGACGCUGGCAUCUCAGAAGUGGCUCCGCUCCAACUGGUGAACAGCCCGAGUCACUGCGCUGGGAGGGUCGAGGUGCUUCACAACCAUCAAUGGGGAACCGUGUGCGAUGACAACUGGGACUUACAGGAUGCCGGAGUCGUAUGCAGGCAGCUGGGCUGUGGGACGGCGUUAUCAGCUCCAGGAGGGGCUCGAUUUGGGCGAGGGUCAGAUGGUAUCUGGCUAGAUGACGUCAACUGCACAGGGAAAGAAGUUGCCCUCUCCGAUUGCAGGGUUGAGGCUUGGGGAGAGAAUAACUGUACCCACGGAGAAGAUGCCAGUGUAGUGUGCUCAGGGGCUUCCGAUCUCGUCCCAAUCCAACUGGUGAACGGCCCAAGUCGCUGCGCUGGGAGGGUUGAGGUGCUUUACAACCAGAAGUGGGGAACCGUAUGUGAUGACAGCUGGGACUUACAGGAUGCUGGAGUUGUAUGCAGGCAGCUGAGCUGUGGGACGGCGUUAUCAGCCCCACGAGGAGCUCGAUUUGGGCCAGGAUCUGACCGUAUAUUGCUGGAUGACGUCAACUGCACAGGGACAGAAGUUGCCCUCUCCGAUUGCAGGGCUCGGCCUUGGGGACACAAUAACUGUACCCACGGAGAAGAUGCCGGUGUUGUGUGCUCAGGUAACUUGCAUCCAUCAUUGGCUCAGCUCCACCUGGUGAACGGCCCGAGUCACUGCGCUGGGAGGGUCGAGGUGCUUCACAACCAGAAGUGGGGAACCGUGUGUGAUGACAACUGGGACUUCCAGGAUGCCGGAGUCGUGUGUAGGCAGCUGGGCUGUGGGACGGCGUUAUCAGCCCCAGGAGGGGCUCGAUUUGGGCAAGGAUCUGACCGUAUCUGGCUGGCUGACAUCAACUGCACAGGGACAGAAGUUGCCCUCUCCGAUUGCAGGGCUUGGCCUUGGGGAAAGAAUAACUGUACCAAUGGAGAAGAUGCCGGUGUUGUGUGCUCAGAUGCUGGCAUCUCAGAAGUGGCUCAGCUCCGACUGGUGAACAGCAGGAGUCACUGCGCUGGGAGGGUCGAGGUGCUUCACAACCGUCAGUGGGGAACCGUGUGUGAUAACGACUGGGACCUACAGGAUGCCGGAGUCGUAUGCAGGCAGCUGGGCUGUGGGACGGCGUUAUCAGCCCCAGGAGGGGCUCGAUUUGGGCAAGGGUCAGACCGUAUCUGGCUGGAUAACGUCAACUGCGCGGGUACAGAAGUUGCCCUCUCCGAUUGCAGGGCUCGGUCUUGGGGAGAGAAUAACUGUAACCACAGAGAAGAUGUCGGUGUUGUGUGCUCAGAUGCUGGCAUCUCAGAAGUGGCUCAGCUCCGACUGGUGAACAGCAGGAGUCAAUGCGCUGGGAGAGUUGAGGUGCUUCGCAACCAACAGUGGGGAACCGUGUGUGAUAACGACUGGGACUUACAGGAUGCUGGAGUCGUAUGCAGGCAGCUGGGCUGUGGGACGGCGUUAUCAGCCCCAGGAGGGGCUCGAUUUGGGCAAGGAUCUGAUCGUAUCUGGCUGGAUAACAUGAACUGCACAGGGACAGAAGUUGCCCUCUCCGAUUGCAGGGCUCGGCCUUGGGGAGAAAAUAACUGUACGCACGGAGAAGAUGUCGGUGUUGUGUGCUCAGACGCUGGCAUCUCAGAAGUGGCUCAGCUCCGACUGGUGAACGGCCCGAGUCGUUGCGCUGGGAGGGUCGAGGUGCUUCACAACCAGAAGUGGGGAACCUUGUGUGAUGACAGCUGGGACUUACAGGAUGCCGGAGUCGUGUGCAGACAGCUGGGCUGUGGGACGGCGUUAUCAGCCCCAGGAGGGGCUCGAUUUGGGCGAGGAUCUGACCGUAUCUGGCUGGCUGACGUCAACUGCACAGGGACAGAAGUUGCCCUCUCUGAUUGCAGGGCUUGGCCUUGGGGAGAGAAUAACUGUACCCAAGGAGAAGAUGCCGGUGUGGUGUGCUCAGACGCUGGCAUCUCAGAAGUGGCUCAGCUCCGACUGGUGAACAGCAGAAGUCACUGCGCUGGGAGGGUCGAGGUGUUUCACAACCAUCGGUGGGGAACCGUGUGCGAUGAUAGCUGGGACUUACAGGAUGCUGGAGUCGUGUGCAGGCAACUGGGCUGUGGGACGGCAUUAUCAACCCCAGGAAGUGCUCGAUUUGGGCGAGGAUCAGACCGUAUCUGGCUGGAUGAUGUCAACUGCACAGGGACAGAAGCUGCCCUCUCUGAUUGCCGGGCGCAGUCUUGGGGAGAGAAUAACUGUACCCAUGGAGAAGCUGCCGGUGUUGUGUGCUCAGCUUCCGGCAUCUCAGAAGUGGCUCAGCUCCGACUGAUGAAUGGCCCGAGUCUCUGCGCUGGGAGAGUCGAGGUGCUUCACAACCAGCAGUGGGGAACCGUGUGUGAUGACAGCUGGGACAUAACUAAUGCUGGAGUCGUAUGCAGGCAGCUGAGCUGUGGCACGGCAUUAUCAGCCCCAGGAGGUGCUCGAUUUGGGCGAGGAUCAGACCCUAUCUGGCUGGAUGAUGUUCAUUGCACAGGGACAGAAGAUGCCCUCUCUGAUUGCGGGGCUCGGCCUUGGGGAGACAAUAACUGUCACCACGGAAAAGAUGCCAGUGUUUUGUGCUCAGACUCCAGAAUCUCAGAAGUGGCUCAGCUCCGACUGGUGAAUGGUUCGAGUCGCUGCGCUGGGAGAGUCGAGGUGUUUCACAACCAGCGGUGGGGAACUGUCUGUGAUGACGGCUGGGACAUAACUGAUGCUGGAGUUGUGUGCAGGCAGCUGAGCUGUGGGACGGCGUUAUCAGCCCCACGAGGGGCUCGAUUUGGCCGAGGAUCUUUCCAUAUUUGGCUGGAUAAUGUCAACUGCGCAGGGACAGAAGCUGCCCUCUCCCAAUGCAGGGCUCGGCAUUGGGGAGACAAUAACUGUACCCACGGAGAAGAUGCUGGUGUCGAGUGCUCAGACUCUGGCAUCUCAGAAGUGGCUCAGCUCCGACUGGUGAAUGGCCCAAGUCACUGUGCUGGGAGAGUCGAGGUGCUUCACAACCAGCAGUGGGGAACCGUGUGUGAUGACGGCUGGGACAUAACUGAUGCUGGAGUGGUGUGCAGGCAGCUGGGCUGUGGGACGGCGUUAUCAGCCCCUGGGAGAGCUCGAUUUGGGGGAGGAUCAGACCGUAUCUGGCUGGAUGACGUUCACUGCAUGGGGACAGAAGCUGCCCUCACUGAAUGCAGAGCUCGGCUUUGGGGAGCCAGUAACUGUAACCAUGGAGAAGAUGCCGGUGUUGUGUGCUCAGGUAACCUUCAUCUACCACCAGGGCCGCCCUGA